GGCUGAGACAGCUUUCAAUUUCUAUCUGGUCUCGGUCCUGUUCGCAUUCGAUUUGUCGUCCACGUUGGCUGGUCAGUUUAAAAUUUGUGGAAGGCCGGCAGAAGUAUAGAGUAGUGAAAUUCUAUCAGCAGCGCGUUUGGGUAGUUGUCGAUUGAAAGUAGUCACUAUGAGUAGCCUGUCGCGUUUUCGAUUAAUUACAUUCGAUGUGCACAAUACCUUGAUACAGAUUCGGUCUGCUCCAGGGAAGAAGUAUGGGGAAAUCGGUGCCAUGUUCGGCAUCAGUAAUAAUAAGAACCAGCUAGUGGCCAAUUAUGUUCAGAGCUGGCAUAAAAUGAACCGUCUGCAUCCCAAUUUUGGACUCAAGACUAAGAUAAGCUAUAAGCAAUGGUGGCAAAUGAUGAUUGGAGGGAUAUUCAACGAGAAUGGAACACAUAACAUUCCUGAGGAAAAAAUUCAAAAAAUGACUGCUCAUUUUAUGGAAUUUUUCAAAACUAGCGGCUUUUGGCAGCAUUGCUACGGUUCGGUGGACUUUUUAAACUACUUAAAACUUCAGCGACACGUGGAAUCAAAUGGAUCCAAACAGCCUCCGUUUAAGCUGGGAGUUAUAUCGAAUUUUGACCCCCGCCUAGAUGUUUUGCUUAGAAAUAUGAAAAUAAACCACUACUUCGAUUUCGUACUUAAUUCCUAUGACGUGGGUUACAUGAAACCAUCUAAGGAAAUAUUCAGUGCCGCAAUGGAAGCUGCUGACCUGCCCGACUUACAUCCCCAUGAAUGUUUGCAUAUUGGAGCCACACCGGUGACGGAUUAUUUUGGAGCUCGGAAUGCCGGCUGGUACGGUUUGUUGCUCCAUGAAAAGUCGGCCGAAGAGCUAUCUCGCAAGUAUGGCCAAACCGUUGACGACAACCACGUGUUUUCUAGUCUUUUUGAUAUUCAUAAAAAGAUAUCUAACGAUUACAUGAAAUGGUGAAUAAAUAUUUUUUUAAAUCUUAA